AUGAAGGAUCAAUACAAACCGCACACCCUCGACAUUGCUCUAUAUCGCUUCUCUCACAAUGGUCCUAUUCAUUGGCACCAAUUAUUCCCCAUUGCUGACGGGGAUCAGCAAUCUCCAAUUGAGAUUAAAACUAAAGAAGUGAAAUAUGACUCCUCCCUCCGACCUCUUAUUAUUAAGUAUGACCCCAGCUCCGCAAAAAUCAUCAGCAACAGCGGGCACUCCUUCAGCGUGGACUUCGACGACACCGAGGACAAAUCAGUUCUGCGAGGGGGUCCACUCACUGGAAGCUACCGGCUGCGACAGUUUCACCUCCACUGGGGAUGUGCGGAUGACCAUGGAUCCGAGCAUGUGGUAGAUGGGGUGCGAUAUGCCUCAGAGCUCCAUGUCGUUCAUUGGAAUUCAGACAAAUACCCCAGCUUUGUUGAGGCAGCUCAUGCGCCCGAUGGACUAGCUGUCUUGGGAGUAUUUUUACAGAUUGGUGAACAUAAUCCUCAACUGCAAAAGAUUACUGACAUUCUGGAUUCCAUUAAAGAAAAGGGAAAACAAACUCGAUUUACAAAUUUUGAUCCAUUGUCUCUGCUUCCUCCCACCUGGGACUACUGGACAUAUCCUGGCUCCCUCACGGUCCCGCCUCUUCUUGAGAGUGUCACCUGGAUCCUUUUAAAGCAUCCGAUAAACAUCAGCUCUCAACAGUUGGCCAAAUUCCGUAGCCUCCUGUGUACAGCCGAGGGGGAGGCAGCCGCGUUUUUGCUCAGCAAUCACCGUCCACCACAGCCUCUGAAGGGCCGCAAAGUGAGGGCCUCCUUCCAUUGAAAGUGGCCGUCACAGUGAAUGUCCCCAAACCUGACUGAGGAGCGGCCGCCUAAAGGAAAACACAGCACAACAGCCGCUCACUGCUUCGCCCUAGAGCCCUCAUCAAUGAGCUGACUUACAUGCUGCUACCCUGUUUCCCCGAAAAUAAGACAGUGUCUUAUAUUAAUUUUUGCUCCAAAAGAUGCGCUAGGUC